AUGCAGGUCAUCUCUAUCUUUACACAAUAUUUGAGAUUCUUCAGUUUUAUUGGUCCUUUUUUCCAAUCAUAUUCAGAAGCUCGAGGUGCAGCAGCACCAGCGUUUCGACUUAUUGAUGAGGGCAAUGAUGCAAGUAUCAAUGAAACCGAUGUAUUGAAACAAGAUACAGAAUCGUUUUAUAAUAUUAAUGGUGAUAUUAAAUUUGACAAUGUCAACUUUAUUUAUCCAUCCCGUAAGGAGGUACCGGUUCUGCGUAAUCUCUCUCUUAUUGCUCGUGCUGGUCAGACAACUGCUCUUGUGGGCACAAGUGGCAGCGGAAAAAGUACAUGCAUAUCACUUUUUCUUCGCUACUAUGAACCUUCAUGUGGUCAAAUAACUAUUGGUGAUCGACCAAUAACAGACUAUACGGUCAAACAACUCCGAAAAAACAUUGGAGUUGUGAGCCAAGAACCUAUUCUUUUUGGAAUGAGCAUUUAUGAGAAUAUCCGCUUUGGUAAAGUAAAUGCAACACGAGCAGAAAUUGAACAAGCAGCACGAGAAGCAAAUGCACAUAAUUUCAUUAUGCAAUUACCAAAUAAAUACGAAACACUUGUUGGUGAACGUGGUAUACAGUUGAGUGGUGGUGAAAAACAGCGUAUUGCAUUAGCUCGUGCUCUUGUCAAACAGCCUACGUUCCUUUUACUGGACGAAGCAACAAGUGCACUUGAUAAUAUGAACGAAAACAUUGUUCAAGAAGCGCUCGAUCGAGCAUGCAAAGGUCGUACAACUAUUGUUAUUGCUCAUCGUUUAACUACAAUUCAGAAUGCUCAUCAAAUAUAUGUAUUAGAUAAUGGACACGUGAUUGAGCAAGGUACACAUAAAACAUUGAUGGCAAAAGAAGGAGGCAAAUAUCAAGCAAUGGUCAAACGUCAACAAAUGGAAAGAAUCGAUGAUGAUAGAGAUGAUAUGAUCAGCAUACAAAAAGCAACAGAAGAAGACAAUAAUUUGAUAUUUGAACGCUCUCAUUUACUUAAUCAUAGUCAAACUGUUGAUGUGAAAAAACAAUUUUCGAAGCCAUUCAUACAAAGAUUUGUCUUUUUAAGACUCUUGUCAAUGAAUAGUCCUGAAUGGAUUACCAUCUUGAUUGGUUGUAUUGCAUGCGUACUUAAUGGAGCAGCUCAACCAUUAUUUGCAGUUUUACUUGCCAAAAUAGUAGACGCUUUUAAAUAUUGUUCAAUCUCUGAACGACGUCAUCAUGUGUUGAUUACCAGUUGUAUUUUUUUACUUUUGGGUGUGCUUUUAUUAAUUCUUCGUUUCUUUCAAUAUACAGCUUUUGCCAUAGCAGGUUCAAAAUUGACACAACGUAUUCGUUCGAAAGCUUUUGCAUGUCUCCUUCGUCAAGAAGUUGCUUAUUUUGAUCGACCUGAAAAUAGUUCUGGUGCGAUUUGUGCUCGGCUUUCUUCCGAUGCAUCAGCCAUUCAACAGAUGACUGGCACCCGAUUAGGAGUCAUUUGUGAAGCUAUCGCACUGUCUUUUUUUGGCAUUCUAUUUGGAUGUCUCAUAAGUUGGCCAUUAACAUUGAUCAUUUCUGGCCCUCUUUUUAUCGUAUGCUUAGUUGCUUAUGGAGAUCUAUGCUUACGUAAAUGGUUGAAUCAACAAUCUGGUAAGAUUAUCGGACGAGCAAGCACGCUUGCUGUUGAAGUUAUUCACAAUAUGCGUACAAUAAAACAAUUAUUAAUAGAAAAGGAAGUGUUACGACAAUAUUCUGAACUUAUGCAUGAAAUUAUCUUGGAAACCUUUGAUACUAUCUUCAAUGGCAUAUGGUAUAGUCUGGACACUAGACCUAGCAGUAUUGCUAUGUCAAUCUCAGCUGCUGAACAGUUUUUUGAUUUAUUUGAUCGAAAACCAGCUAUUGAUAACACAUCUACCGAAGGGCAAGAAUUGGUUGACUUUCGUGGAGAAAUAAAAUUCGAUCAAGUCAAAUUUAUCUAUCCAACUCGGCCAACAUCUAUUAUUUUUGACAAAUUUCAAUUGAAUAUCAAGCCAAGACAACAUGUAGCUCUUGUUGGUGCAUCUGGAUGUGGAAAAUCAACAAUUAUUCAGCUAUUGGAGCGAUUCUACGAUGUUACAAGUGGUCGAAUACUUCUUGAUGAAAUCGAUAUUCGACAACUAAACUUGCAAUCAGUUCGUUCCCAGUUUGGUCUUGUUAGUCAAGAACCAAUUUUGUUCGAUUUAACAAUUGCUGAAAAUAUAGCAUAUGGCUUAGAAAAUGUUUCAAUGGAAGACAUUAUCCAUGCAGCUAGUAGAGCUAAUAUUCAUCAAUUUAUUGAUCGAUUGCCUCAGGGUUAUGAAACCAAAGUAGGAUCGAAAGGUAGUUUUUUGUCAGGUGGUGAGAAGCAGCGUAUUGCUAUUGCUCGAAUUCUUCUUCGUCGACCUAAAAUAUUACUCUUAGAUGAAGCCACAAGUGCUAUGGAUUCAUAUAAUGAACAAAUUAUACAAGAAGCUCUUGCACAAGCUCAAUCAGAAGAUCCUAGCCAAACAUCACUUACUAUUGCUCAUCGUCUUUCAAUUAUUUGUUCAUGUGAUUUGCUUUGUGUACUUGAUAAAGGACAUAUCGUAGAAAGAGGUACUCACACAGAAUUAAUACAGCGACGUGGAGUUUAUUAUAACAUGGUCACUCAAAACAAUUUACAAUGA